AUGAACCCGAUCAAGUUGCGAUUCUACACCGAAAGGUUCGAGAAGGAGAGGAAAUACUUUCGGCUGCAGGAAGAAUUUGUAGCCAUCGGUCGAGCGAAACCUCUGACUGGUAAGUUUUACGCGAAACACCAGGUGAUCCCGGUGUCCGAAGUUCGCCAGGAGUACGUCGAUUUGAUCGUGAAACGGCAGAACCUGUCGCCGAAGGAUAUCUACACGUUCAGGCCGCCAACUGUGAACAUGGAGUACGGCUGGUUCGCGGAACCGUUCAUACCUCGAACCGACGAUUCGAGGUUACGUUUUCCCAUCGAACAAUCGGAUUUCAUCGGCAACGAGCUUCGAAUACGUCACCUGCAGAAAGGCUUACCGGUGGAGAAGUUUACCGGAGUACCGUUCGUAGUUUAAAAGUUCUCGAGCAAUCGU